AAGAGAAAGCGGAGGGAUCAGGCGGUUGAAAUGGAGAGCGAAAGGACUGGGAGGGUGAGCGAAAAUGUUCAAGAGCCAUGGCGUGGCGGCAUGACAAACUGAAAGGCAUCUCGGUUCACCGAAAGGAGUUCUCCGAAUAACAAAGUCCGCGCCGAGGAGUCGAGCCGAGCGUCCGGAGGAUCCUCAUUUCGCUUUGCUUUGCUCUUACCUCGUUUAACCUAAUCAGCGCGCACACAACGUUUCUGCUGAUCUGCAGGGAGAAGUCUGAGGCUAACAAACCGAGUCUGACAGGAUAAAAAAGGUAGCUCAGUAUGAGUCGAGAUGGGUGGAUGAAGAAGAAAGCCAAUGCCGGUGGGGACAAUGGUUGGGCUGAAAGGGGCGGCUACAUGGCUGCCAAGGUUUCUAAGCUGGACGAGCAGUUUAAACUUGAUGCCCCCAGAGAAAAGCUCAAGGAAGGAACACGCUCCAGCAUCUUCGGUGGAGUGGCUAUUUAUGUCAAUGGAUACACAGAGCCGAGUGCAGAUGAACUACGCAGGCUGAUGAUGCUGCAUGGCGGUCAGUUCCAUGUCUACUACUCGCGCUCCAAGACCACCCACAUCAUCGCCAAUAAUUUGCCCAACAGCAAAAUUCAGGAGCUCAAAGGGGAAAAAGUCAUCAGGCCAGAAUGGAUCACUGACAGCAUCAAGGCUGGGCGACUCCUGCCCUAUCUACAGUACAUGCUGUAUGCUAAGCAGAAAGGGCCGCUCUUCCCCGGCAUGACUCUACGCCAGACCUCAGAGAUUGCAGGACCGAGUCACGGGCCGCUUCAGCUGAAUGCCCAUCAAAAGCUUCAUCUGCCACAACGCAACAUUCAGACCUCUGUUUUCAACCAUGAACAGUCUUCAUUCGGCUGCCAGAACAACUCCGUCCCUAUCCCCAGCCACAGCCACCCUCAGUCCAUCCAGCACGGCUCAACAGCUCGCUCUGCUACCCCCCAGCCCAGUCAUUCAGCAUCCAGUCACCUCAUUACAGACCCCAGGCACAGAAACCCUUCACACUCCCACCCACUGUCUAACCAGAGCCACACAAAGCACCCACACAAGUCUCCGCAGUCCACUCACCCACAGGAAGCGGAAUUAAAAAUAAACGGAUUAUUACAGACCUCAUUGGACGUGAUGAGCCAUUCAAAAAUCAAUGAGAUGCAAGAGUGUGGCAAAGAUGAUCCUUGUCUUGCCGGGGCAUCGAAGGUGAUGAAAGAAGCCCCCCUCACCAACGGACACACUCACCUUGUUAAUGGUGCCUUAAAGCCAGAGGACCUGUCCCCUGUUACAGAUCAACCCUCUGCUGACAGGGACCUGCUCAAAAGCAGAGUCAAGAGUUCACCAGACAAACCUCAGAGUUCUCCAGUGCAGUUCCAGACCAAGCCGGACCCGUAUGAGUUUCCCCACAGUCCUCCAAAGCAAUCUGACCAGUUUCCUGAUUUUGAGGAACAAUCCAGCUCACAAGGAGCCGAGCAACGACCUAAACCUCCACCACCCGCCUACCAUGAGGCUGUAAUAGCCAACGAAAGUCACCUUCUUCCGAAACAGCCCCAAACACCCAAUCAAGUUGUCACGACUUCUGAUAAAACUCAACAUUCUCCUGCAUCUCUCUCGCUUUCACAUUCUUCGGUUCGACUGAACGGAAGUCACCACAAUGCCUUUUCAUCUGAUCCCGCCUCCCUCAGCACAACCAACACAACGGCCAAACCUGAUCCUUCCGCCGGAGAGUCGUCGUUCUUAUCAUCAUCCAAGUCUUCAGCUCAGUUUCUAGAACAGACAGGCGGUUUGAUCUCCGAGUUCUACUCUCACUCACGUUUGCAUCAGAUCUCCACAUGGAGGACUGGCUUCUCUGAGUAUGUCAACGAACUGCAUAACAAACGGAAAGUUGCAGGGGGUGCCUGCUUUCCUGGGAAAGAUCGACUGAGGAAAUUGGUUUCCCAGCGACCUACAGACAGUCAAGGUUCUUCGGCACCAGCCAGUGUUAAAUCUUGCAUUCUCCACGUGGACAUGGACUGUUUCUUUGUGUCUGUGGGGAUUCGACAUCGACCAGAGCUUAAAGGGAAGCCUGUCGCUGUAACCAGUAACCGUGGUCAGGCCAGAGUGCCUGUGAGACCCGGGGCUAACCCUCAAGUGGAGCUGCAGUACUACCAGAGGAAAUAUACUAAUCCUCAACCUGAGAGUACCGACGAUGAUCUGCACAGAACUCCUUCUCAAGAAAGUCCUGAGUCUCAUGCCAACGGAGUGCACCAGGAUGCUGCUUCUCUUUCAAUGGCAGAGAUUGCAUCCUGCAGCUAUGAAGCCAGGCAGGCAGGUGUGAGGAACGGGAUGUUUUUUGGCAAAGCAAAACAGUUGUGCCCUACGCUGCAGUCUGUCCCAUAUGAUUUCGAUGCCUAUAAAGAAGUGGCUCUAAACAUGUAUGAGAUUCUGGCCAGUUAUACCCAUGACAUUGAGGCUCUCAGCUGUGAUGAAGUGUUGAUAGACGGUUCGACUCUGCUAGCUGAGGUGGGCGUCAACCCUGACGUCCUGGCCAAAGCGAUCAGAGCAGAUAUCCACGAGAAAACUGGAUGUUGUGCUUCAGUGGGCAUGGGGUCCAACAUUCUUUUGGCUCGGCUGGCGACACGUAAGGCCAAGCCAAACGGGCAGUACUUCCUCAAGUCUGAAGAAGUGGAUGAUUUUAUCAGGGAUCUGCCAGUGACCAGCUUGCCAGGUGUUGGGCCUGUUAUGGGCAGAAAACUGGCUGCUAUGGGUGUGAGGUCAUGCGGGGAUCUCCAGCAAGUGUCUUUAUCUCAACUGCAGAAGAAGUUUGGACCCCGUACUGGACAAACCCUAUUCCGCUUCUGUAGGGGUCUGGAUGACCGGCCCGUCCGCUACGAGAAGGAGAGGAAGUCUGUCUCUGCUGAGAUGAACUACAACAUUCGCUUCACUAAGGUCGAUGAAGCAGAGUGUUUCCUGACUAACUUAUCCAUGGAGGUGCAAAAACGUUUACAGGAAGCAGGACUGAAGGGUCGCAGAGUCACCCUGAAGGUCAUGGUUCGCAAGGUUGGAGCACCAUUGGAACCAGCGAAAUAUGGUGGUCAUGGCAUUUGUGAUAACCUAGCUAGGACUGUGAUGCUCGCUCAGUCCACUGACAAUGGACAGCUGAUUGCCACCGCAGUCAUCAAGCUAUUCCAUGCCAUGAAGUUGCAGGUACAGGACCUGAGAGGGAUCGGCAUCCAGGUUCAGCUUCUUGACCGAAAUCAGUCUGUCCACCAAGACAAUAAGGGGGUACGAAUACGCUCCAUCAAAGAUAUGCUGAUAGGCCAGGAACCAAGUGCCAAAUCCAGCAACAGAGAAACACAUCAGGAAAAGACUUCUUCUACAACAGUUCCAUUGGCUAUCUCCCCUCCACAUCCUUUGUCGCCUGCUGAGCCAGUCCCAGGAACAAGCAAAGAGCAGCCAGCUUGCAAACAAACUCCAAAACAUUGUCGGACACGCCUCAACCUCAGUAUUGAAGUCCCAUCCCCUUCACAGGUGGAUCGUUCUGUGCUGGAGGCCCUGCCUGCAGAGCUGAGAGAACAAGUGGAGCAGUCGUGGACUAAAAGAGACGGGAGACAAAACAACUGCCAUUCAGCUGGUCUGCAGCUUCCCUCCGCUAACUCUCUUCCAUCCUCCCCUCCUCGUCCUCCUCUUGCCUCUGUACCUGCACUAUACACUCCACCUGUAGGAACAUUGGUUCUACAGAUUCCAAAUCAGCCAGACGGUCCAGGAAUUGUACUGGAACUUCCGAACUUUUCACAGGUUGAUCCAGACGUAUUUGCUGCGCUGCCCAAAGAGCUGCAGGAGGAGCUGAAGUCUGCCUACAGCCGCGUAACAAACGUCCACACUCAGGCGAAAAUUUUGGAGCAGAAGAAUCCACUGUUGCAGCUGAAACAGUCUGGCGUAGGACUUGGCAUUGGUCGGGUAAAGCGGCGCUACAAGAGGAAGAACGCAAUCAGCCCGGUUAAAAAAGGAGCUUCACCCCUGAAGAAGCGUCAGAUGACAAACAGUCCAGCCAAAACCCUACCACCUGCUAUAAAGGCACGGGAGCCAAUUGACCUACUAAAGACUGAAACUGAUCCCUCCACAUCGUCCUUAAAGCCGGACAUCCCAGAGUCGGUGACGAAGUUGAUCGCUCGUCCUGCUCCAGCGUUGGCCGGAGCCUGUGACCUAACAGACAUUAAAACACUUCUUCGAGAAUGGGUCACCACCAUAACAGAACCCAUGGAGGAGGACAUCCUGCAGGUGGUGAAAUACUGCACCGAUUUGAUUGAGGACAAAGAUCUGGAGAGGUUGGAUUUGAUUAUAAAAUAUAUGAAAAGGAUCAUGCAGCAGUCUGUGGAGUCUGUUUGGAGCAUGGCUUUUGACUUCAUCUUGGACAACGUGCAGGUGGUUGUACAGCAGGCUUAUGGCAGCACCCUGAAGAUAGCAUGAAGAAGAAAUGAAACAUUAUGUGUCAUCACUACAUCACCACGAUCUUGUUUUGCUACUUUCACAAAGGUUAUCUGCAUUCUGAAUGAUCUGAAUUAUGACAUCUAGAUGAGAGUUUUCUUCUUUUCUCUUCUGAGAAAGAGCCGUGACAGUAUUGAAAGAAAGUAUAUACAACACAUCAUUUACUGCACUUACUCAGUAGUAAAAGUUCCAAGUAAGUUAGUUAAAAGUAACACAAACUCAAGGACAGAAAAUGUACUGGAAAUCUACUCAACAAAACCCAGAACAGUGAUAAUCGUAGCAGCUUUUUGCAAAUUCAAUCGUUUUUCAUACUUUCCUUUCAUGUGUAAAAUCUUUUUUGCAGGUUUUUGCAGGCAGCACUUAUCUAUUUCUUACACAUCCACAUUAGCCAGGCCUUGUAAGAUUUUGAAUUUCUCUUUUCCUGGUGAGUGUCUGACAUAGCAGUUGACUUUUCCUCGUUUGUCCAUGGAUUAAACACUUUAUCAAGUUAGACACAAAGCAUAUUCUGCCAGUUUUAGCAUCUGUUAGCCUCGUAGCACUCCUCGUACGUCAGACAAAUGAUAGAAAUGGUAGAACAAAAAAAAGACCUAAUAUUUUUUCAACAUUGUUUUGUUUGGUGCUCCUUGACACUAGCACUUAUCUGUGAAGUAUCUACGACUGCUGCAUACAGUAGUAUCGUCUCUUAAAAAAAAAUACAAAAAAAAAGGAAAAAAGUGCCAAACUCUGUUAUUGCAGUGUGUAAAUAAGGUUUUUAAAGAUUCUUGUUAAAAGUUUUAAAAGAAAUAACAUGUAUGUAGAGGAAUUACCUCUUGUAUUGUUUACCAGUAGUGAAUUCUUAGUAACAGUCUUUAAAUUGUAACUCUUCUCACUCUUUAAUCGUUUCUAAGUGUUCCGACAUGGAAAUCAGAAGCUGGCCAAAGUUCUUCAUAUGAGGUUAACUGUUGAUUCUCAGUAGCACUCUGAUUCGGGAGGAUAUUAGCAGGGGUUAUGGCAAUCAAUAAGUAGCCUAUGCAUUUAUUUUUUAUCACAAUCAAGUGAGAUGUCCCUUCAAGGUAACGUAACACUUCAUAAAGCAUUUGUAUCUGGAGUUAAUCGAGUAUUUGAGUGUGUUUACACUGGUUUCAUAAAGUCUAAAUAUUGAAAUAAUGCUGGAUUUGCAUAGGAACAGGUGAUCUGAUUUUUAACUCCAUGUUGUGUAAUUCCCUCCUUGGAGACACUUGUAUGGCUUGUGGCUACAUUGUUGUAUUUCUGUGAAGUUAACUUUUAUGAUGGGUUAUUAGAAAUACUCAGCAGAUGCGGCUGGCUGGCUGGCUGACUUGUGAUCUCACCAUUAAAAGAUAAUAUGCGUGCGGCUGACACGUUUGUUUAAAGGAGUUUCUCUAUAUGCAAACCAAAUCAGUCUGUCAUCUUUUUAAACUUAUUGAAAUGAAUGUAAUUCAGAAUGUGCGGGUCUCCACUCACUUUCAAGAUGUUGCUUCUCUUCACCUGUCAUAUCUUUCCUGAAGGGAAUGGCCAGAAGUUCAAAUUGGCCAGUCUUGUCUUCUCUAAACUGGCUCGUGCCUGAAGACCUGAAGCUGUGAACUUGUUUGUAAGUUUUCUAAGUCUUGGUAAUAAACCUUAAACUCUGUAUUAA